UUAUUAAAUACUACAGUAUAUGCCUUCUAUAUAUUAUUUGCAUUCUUACUCUGCUUGUCAUUAAUGCAUUAAAAUUUAAAAAAUUAUUGUUGGCCGCUUAAGUCAUGCGGUCUACUCAGCGUCUUAAUUUUUCACAUCUAUCUAUCCUUUUGUAUGUUUUGACAUAUGAUACACGUGUUGACUCAAAAUCCAUAAAAUACUUCAACCAGAUUUUUUUAUAUUUCAAAAGUGUAUAAAUCCUGCAAUACAAACAAGUCAUUUACUUCAAUGCUUAUGUCUUGCUCCAAAAAAAGAACCAAGGUGGCAUGAUGGCACUUAUUUCAUACAAAGUCACAUAUUUACUAUCAUACUAACAUUGAACAUAUAUUAAGAUCGCAUUUUUAUCUAACAAUCACAAGGGGUUGAGCAUAGUUGCUAUUUUGACCUGCUCUUCCCAAGACAUCAAUUCUUCUUUCUCCAAGCGUCCCUGAAUGCACCAUUGCCUAGCAACCAAGUUGUACACUUUGACGCCGUCACCUUUUUCUAAAGCCAUUUUAAACUUUCUUGCCAUGCCAAAAAAGGAGAAGAAACAAGAGAAAAUAAAGAAAAAGCAAAGUCUAGCCACUCCCGCUGAAGAACGAGCGUCUGGGGACAAAGAGAAGGAUUUAUAUGUCGUUCAAAUACGGUUUUUGAACGAGGAGCUCGAGAGACAGCAGCUGAAAUGCGAGCGCCUGGAGAAGGAGAAGACAUCGCUGGCGCGUCGUUGCGUCUCCGUGGAGACAGAGAAGAAGGAUGUGGUCGAGUACCUGAAGAUGGAGCUGUUUGAAAAGGAGGACGAGGUGGACCGGUUGGCGGAUCAUCUAGACCAGAGUCUACGUGAAGCCCACGCAGACCGGGAUGACCUGAGGAACCGGCUAACCGGGGAACUCCGGGAACUCCAGGAUCGUGUCCAUCAGCUGGAGGAUGACAACGCUGGGCUAGUGGCCCGGCUGGCGGCGGUGGAGACCUUCGAGAAACAGAAGGAGCAGCUGAUGUUCAACAUGGUGGCCGUGGAGAAGAAGCUGGCGGAGCGGGAAGAGGAGCACGCCGACGCCAUGCAGGCCGCAAAGAUGGAGGCGCUGCUGGAGAAGACCAGGCUUGAGAAGGAGUUGGAGGCCCAAGCGACGGCGAGGGCGGCCGAGGUGGAGCUUCUAGUGGAUCGAAAGCUGCCCGAGGCCAGCAAGCGGGCGACGCUGGAGAACCAGGAGAUGAAGGUCCGAUACGCCCAGCUGUCCGAGAAGGCCCACCAGCUGGCCGGGGAGAACCACACCCUGAGACAGAAGACGGGCAGGACGGCGACCGACGUGGCCAUACUCGAGGAAACCGUCGCCAAAAUGGCGCGGCAGAGCUGCGUACGCAAAAAGGAGGCGGAGCAGUUGCGGGCAGACCUGACAACGCGCAGUCAUGACAUGGAAAAACUUCGGAACCAAUGUGACGAAUGCCGCGCCGAGCUGGAGGCACUCAGGAAGAGCCACGCCGCCGUAUCGAGUCGUCUGGAGGCGGAGUUACAGGCUGAGAGAAAGACGACUGGCCGGAUGAAGGAAGUCUUUGCCGCCCUCAAAACUACUCUCAUGGUUGAGUUUGUGGAUGUGGUCCAGUGGAAACGACAGAUGCAGAAGGUCCUGGCGCUCCUGGAAGGUCCCAGCAUCGCCCCCAGCGUGACCCAAGAUGAACCAGCGAGUGAUAGGGCCGGAAGCAGGCCCGUUCAUCUGGGCUCGGUCCCCCAGCCUGCUGGAAAGACCAAACAUGCAACCUCACACAGGUCGUUUGCUUUUCAAAAGGUUGCUGUAGGAUGGUGGUGUUGUGUGGCACUAACGGCCUUUGAUGUGCAUGGCUGGCGGACGCUGUUUUUGGGCCAUUUUAAUCGAUAA